UGCAGAAUGCAGUUGCAGCUGCGAAUUGGAACAAAACAAAACACAAAAUCGUAAAUAAUUUAUUAAAUAUUAUUUUAGAAUUUGCUUACUGGUCUCCCAUGUAUUCCUCCGUUAAGUUAAGUUAAGUUUUUGUUAAGUAUCUAGUUCAAAAUACCUUGAUGAACGAUUCAACGCUGCAAUCAAUCGCACCGGAUUUGGUACCGGCAAAUUAUCUCUCGGUGGCCAACAAUGCUCGCACCAAUCGGGACAAGCAGAUCCGGAUCCUGCUGGAAAAGAAGAAACUGCCGGGGCACGGCUGGGACAACGCAACGAUCGAGUAUUUCGUCAACGAACUCGCUCUGAUGGAUAGCAACAAUUUUCUGAACCGCUGCGGCGUUGGCGAACGGGAAGGAAGGGUCGUUUGUGAACUAGUGCAACGUCGUCAUUAUAAUUUCGCCCACGGCAUCGGGAGAUCGGGCAAUUUAACGGACGCUCAACCAAAAGCCGCGGGUUCAACCAUUUUGAACAACCUGACGAAUGCUUUGAUUCUGGAUUUGAUUCGCGAGGCUGGCAUCGGCAGCUGUAGGAAGGCCCUGUUGGUACCCAUGGCCACUGGGAUGGCCGUCAUGUUGACGCUAUUGGCUCUGAAAGCGGAACGACCCCAGAGCAGAUAUGUUCUGUGGUCCAGAAUUGAUCAGCAAUCGUGCUUCAAGAGUAUUCAAUCGUCCGGAUUGAUCCCGGUGGUUAUCGAUACCGUUCCGGUGGAGGAAAGGGACGACACUGUUCUGGGAACGGAUUUGGGUGCUUUUCGGGAUAAGAUAACAGAGCUUGGGGCCAGUAACGUAUGCUGCGUGCUUUCAACUACGAGUUGUUUCGCGCCUCGCACAUGCGAUAACAUUAUCGAGUUGGCAAAAUUGUGCCAAGAGAGCGACAUUCCUCACGUGGUCAAUAAUGCUUAUGGACUGCAGAGCACUUACCUCACACAUCAGCUAGAACAAGCCAACAAGCAUGGAAGAGUUGACGCUUUCAUCCAAAGUACGGACAAGAACCUACUGGUCCCCGUAGGAGGCGCUAUCGUUGCUGCAUUCGACAGGGAAAUUGUAGAGCAUGUUUCCAAACUUUACCCCGGAAGAGCAUCCAGUUCACAGUCUCUAGAUGUGCUUAUGACUCUACUAUCGUUGGGAAAGACCGGCUACAAAAAUCUGGUCGUUGAACGGAAGGAACUACAUCAGAACCUCUUGAAACGAAUGAUCGCAAUUGCCGAGAAGUUCGGCGAAUCGGUGAUAUCCGGCAGGAAUCCAAUCUCGAUUGCCCUUACCCUGAAGUCUUUUGGCUCGGAUCAGCAAAUGAUAGGAUCAAUGCUCCACCGCAGAGGAGUGUCCGGUUGCCGGGUGGUGACUGGAACUGAAGAGAAAUCUAUAGCAGGAGUCAAGUUCAAAGCAUGGGGCUCUCAUCGCGAUUUGGAGACAGUGCCUUACUUGACGGCAAGUGCUGCUCUGGGGAUGAGUCGAAAAGAAAUCGAUGGCUUUAUUGAUAAGUUAGACCAAGUACUCGAUGAGCGAAGGGUGAAGGCUCAAUAAAUAAUCAGUACGAUAAACAAAAAACUAUGGAUCUAUUUUGAGCUUUAAUCCAGUUUUCAAAUAAGU